AUGGCGGCCGCUCAGGUGGUUCCCGUCCCCGCGCGGGUGGGAGGUGGAGGAGGAGGCAAAGGCGAGACGUUUUCAGAUACGAGCAGGAAGGACGAUAUCCGUCAGGCUAACAUCAUGGCGGCAAAGGCCGUGGCGGAUGCCGUGCGAACGAGCCUGGGGCCCCGGGGGAUGGAUAAGAUGCUCACGACGGCCACCGGCGAGGUCAUUAUCACCAACGACGGCGCGACCAUUCUCAACAAGAUGGAGGUGACACAGCCAGCGGCGAAGAUGCUGGUGGAGCUGUCCAAGUCGCAGGACAUUGUCGCCGGCGACGGCACCACCACAGUGGUGGUGGUGGCGGGCGCGCUGCUGAAGGAGUGCCUGUCGCUGCUGGGAAAGGGCAUCCACCCUACAAUCAUCUCCGAGGCUCUGCACAAGGCUGCUAACAAGGCCGCCGAGAUUCUCACCACCAUGGCGGUGCCAGUGGAGCUGUCAGACCGCGAGUCGCUCGUCAAGAGCGCCAGCACGUCGCUCAACAGCAAGGUGGUGAGCCAGUACUCGUCUCUGCUUGCCCCGCUAGCAGUCGACUGUGUUCUGCAGGUGAUGGACCCCAGCCACCCGGAUGUGGUUGAUCUUCGGGACAUCAAAGUGCUCAAGAAGCUGGGCGGCACGGUGGACGACACAGAGAUGGUGCGCGGGCUGGUAUUUGAUCGCAAGGCAAGUCACGCCGCGGGCGGGCCGUCGAGGGUGGAGAAGGCGAAGAUUGGACUCAUCCAGUUCCAGAUCUCGCCGCCCAAAACCGACAUGGAGCAAUCUGUGGUCGUCUCCGAUUAUACCCAGAUGGACCGCAUCCUCAAAGAGGAGCGCAACUACAUUCUCAACAUAAUCAAGAAGAUCCGCGCCACGGGCUGCAACGUGCUGCUCAUCCAGAAGUCCAUUCUGCGCGACGCCGUCACCGACCUCUCGCUGCACUACCUGGCCAAGGCCAAGAUCCUGGUCGUCAAGGACGUGGAGCGGGACGACAUUGAGUUCAUCAGCCGCACGCUCAACUGCCUCCCCAUCGCUAACCCCGAGCACUUCCGUGUGGAGAAGCUCGGGCAGGCGGAUCUGGUGGAGGAGGUGCCUGUGGGGGAGGGCCGGGUGGUGAAGAUAACAGGUAUUCAGAACAUGGGGCGGACCAUGAGUGUGGUCGUACGCGGGUCCAACAGCCUGGUGUUGGAGGAGGCGGAGCGCAGCCUGCAUGACGCGCUCUGUGUCGUGCGCUGCCUCGUCAACAAGCGGUUCCUCAUUGCGGGAGGAGGGGCGCCGGAGAUAGAGGUCAGCCGGCAGCUGGCGGCGUGGAGCAAGCAGCUGGAGGGCAAGGAGAGCUACUGCGCCCGGGCAUUUGCACAGGCGCUGGAGGUGGUGCCGUACACGCUAGCGGAGAAUGCCGGGCUGAACCCCAUCUCCAUUGUCACUGAGCUGCGCAACAAGCAUGCCGAGGGGGAGGUUAGUGCGGGCAUCAACGUGCGAAAGGGUGCGAUCAGCAACAUGUUUGAGGAGAAUGUGGUGCAGCCGCUGCUCGUGAGCACAAGCGCCAUUUCUCUCGCUGCGGAAUGCGUCCGGAUGAUUCUCAAAAUCGACGAUAUUGUCAUCACUAGGGGAAACCGAAUGAUGAAACGAGAGGACGACGAUAACUGGUACGCCCUCCUCUCCUCCUCUUCCUCCUCUCCUCCCUCAUCCUCCUCUUCCCCCUCGUCCUCCUCUUCCCCCUCGUCCUCCUCUUCCCCUCGUCCUCCUCUUCCCCCUCGUCCUCCUCUAACUAAUGGCACGUUGGCUUACCUCCCCUCCCUCCCACCCGUGUUUCCCACCCGUGACUCCCAUCCGUGUCUCCCCCUUCUUUGUGCCCCCUCCCAUGUCUCCCUGUCCCAUGUCUCACCCUCCCAUCCCCAUCGCCCGCCACCAACCCACAGGGUGCUCAUGGUGCUCAUGUGGGAGGACGGGUAUUUGGUCCCUCAUGCCGUGCUCAAGAAGCUGGAAGAUCAAAUGGCACGGUUGCGCAAUUCGGCUUCUAGUGGGGGCGGGGGCGGCAGCAGCAGCCGCCAGGCAGACGCUGUACCCGCUUUAGACGAGCUCUGUUACGACUGGAAGCAGCUGCACGCGACGUAUCUGAAGUUCUCGUACCAGAUCUACAACUACGGCGAAGGGCUGGUGGGCGUGAGUGUGGCAUCGGAGGCAGCAGAAUGGGUGUAUAGCCAUGCCAGAUACCAUGCGGAUACACUAAACUCCGUGCAGAGCCAGCAUCCACCUGGUUGGGCGGAGCACUUCGCGUCUGGCAUCAAGACCAUCGCCAUAAUCCCAGUCCCUGGCGGGGCUGUUCAGCUCGGCUCUGUGCUCCUGAUUAAGGAGGACCCGAGCAUUUCACAGGGCCUAAAAGAGAAGUUCGAGCAGCUGCAGAAGAUUCCAGGAGUCUUCCUCCCGGAUUUCAUCCCAGAAACUUCCACCACACCUGCAAGCAUCGCCAAACCGCUCCCCAUGCCACCCUCCCACCUCCCCCCCCAUCCCUCAUCGCCAUCCUCCCAUGCUCCCUCCGCCUCUCCUUCUCAUUCUAUCGCCUCCUCCCCCCAUCCUUCCACGCGCCAUCCCCCCUCCAUCGCCCACCCACCUUCGUCUAGAUUGAGCCGGAAAUCUAGACCGGGACCUCUUAGAUUUGAUCCGCCGAGAUCUGAUUCUCCCAACCGGACCACGCAGCGAGCCUUGGCGCAGUUGUCCAUCCUGGGCUCGCCGUCAGGUUCGGCAACCGUACCUGCUAUUCCGCCUGCUGCUACCGGAGCUGCCGCUUCCGCCGCACCUAUGGCAAGCUCUCAGUCGCCGGCCAAUCGCAGGCUGACACCUGGCGUGCGCUCGCAUUCCCUCUCAGCAGCCGAUGUUCUAGCAGUCUUGACGCAAGGAGGAGGGGCAGGGGGAGGAGCAGGCGGGUGGGGAGGAGGGGGAGAGGGGAAGCAGAGUGAGUUGAUGCAAUCUGCAGCGGAUUUGGUCCGUGCCUCAUCGGCAGGAGGACCCGUGCGGAUGCAGCAACAGCAGCAGCAGCAGCAGCAACAGCAGCAGCAGCAGCAGCAGCAGCAGCAGCAGCAGCAGCAGCAGCAGCAGCAGCAGCAGCAGCAGCAGCAGCAGCAGCAGCAGCAGCAGCAGCAGCAGCAGCAGCAGCAGCAGCAGCAGCAGCAGCAGCAGCAGCAGCAGCAGCAGCAGCAGCAGCAGCAGCUGGAGCAGCAGCGCUGGGGAAGCGGGGGAGAGAGUGGGGGGGGGGCGGGGGGGGCUGGUGCUGGUGGGGGUGGUGGUGGGGGUGGUGCGAGGGAGAGGUUGUGUGGGGGUGGUGGCAGUGGCAGCUUGAAACGGCCUCUGGAGGAGGACAGUGGUGGUGGGGCAGAGGAGAUGGAGUGUGCUGGGCUGAGUGGCGGUGCGGCAGAGUCGGGAGGGCGGCGAGGGGGGAGUGCGAGAGACGGAAGUUUAGCAGAGGGGAUGGUUGGGGCUGAUGCGUCCGCCGGUGGUGAUGGUGGUGCUGCUGCUGCUGGUGGUGGUGGUGGGGGGGUUUCACGGCAGGGGUCAGGAGGGGCGGAAGGGCAGGGACUGGGUACAGCAGGAGGGGAGACCCGCACUGGUGCUGCAAGUGGGGAGGAACGAGCACCAGCAGGAGCAACAGCAGGAGCAGCAGGAGGAGCGGCAGGAGGAGCAGCAGCAGGAGGAGCGGCAGGAGGAGCGGCAGGAGCAACAGGACAGAGCCUCGGGGCGGCCUUCACUCCAUUUGGCUCUCCUCGGGUGGCCCAGCAGAGUCUCGGAGCGGCAUUUGCAACGUUUUCGACGUCUGAUGAGGAGAGGCGGCGAGCAGAGGAGCAGUUUCGGAAGCUGGCGAGGCAAGCCGAGUUCAACGAUCCCUCUCUGGCCGCUGCUGUCAAGCUCUCCCGCGCUGCCAUGAGCCGAGGCUCCUCAGGUGAAUUCUCAGGUGCUCCUGCUGGUGCGGCUGGUGGCUCUGCUGGUGCGUCUGCUGGUGCGUCUGCCGGUGGGCUGGUUUCGCCAGGUGGGAGUGGGUCCAAAGCGGUUGAUUCCUCCCCACGUGCUCCUAUGGAGGUCACGAGUGCCGGGGAUAGGUUGGACGCGAUCCUGUCCCCUGCGUUUCUAUCACCUUCGAUACAGUCACCUACACUGGGUGGAUUGGGGGGAGGGGGUGGGAGUGGGGGGUCGUUGGCACAGCAGGGCCCUCUGAGGAAGCGGCGUGCAACACCGGAGUUGCAUAGGAGGCUCAGCCGAGAGUCGUUUCCCGACUUUGACCUUGAUGCUAGAUCACCUGGUGCUGCCCCUGCUGCCACUGCUGCUGCUGCUGGUGCAGCCGCUGCUAGUAUUGGUGGUGCUACUGCUGGUGCUGGUGCUGCUGGUGGUGCUGCCAGUACUGCAUCUGCGUCCCCGUUUGCAUUUGCACCGGCUGGCUUGGCGGAUCCAUCUCCGAGCCUCGUUCGCGGGCCUGGAAGCAGGCUCGGCACCACGCUCAACCGAAGCUCGUCCUUAGGUCCGGGACCGGGAGUGACGACGCGGCGGCUGGACCCUUCAUCCGCUGCUGUUACCAUGUCUGGAGGUCCGGCAGCGAGUUCAGGCACGGUAGGAGCUUCAACCAGCCUCGGCAAGACAGCUAGCCUCGACAAGUCAGCUAGCUUCGGCAAGGCAGCUAGCUCGUCUGCAGCGGGAGGUUCGGAAGGUGCUUCCGAGCCUAUUCCCGCACCUUCGAAAGAGGCUAUGGCGCUGGCGAUCCUAGGGCAGAUGAUGGCCGGUGGCGAUCUAACGGCUCCUGAGGUGCAUGUGCUGGCCACUCAGAUCACCAAGAGGGCUCAGAAAGAAUCCCAGGCGGGUUCUUCUGGGGUAGGUAGAACUGUUGUGGGUGGGUCUGGAGCUACAGACGGGACAGGAAGGGGAGGAGGAGCAGGGGGAGUGGGAAACAGUAACGGUGGUGGCGGGAGAGGAGGAGGAGGUAGAGGGGGAGGAGGUGGAGGAGGCGGCGGAAGGGGAGGAGGAGCAAGUGGGGGAAGGGCAGGAGGAGGGGCAGCAGGGGGUGGUCUGGACGGGAUACUUAAGAUGUUGGGGAAGCAGGCGGGGGCAGCAGCUCUAGCUGCACGGCUUAGAAUGGAGUUGGAUGCAGCUGAGGCAGGCUCUGCUGGGGACGGUUCAGCUGGGGAAGGUUGUGCCGGGGAAGGCUCUGCUGAUGAAAGAGCUGAGAAGCAGGUUCAGGCACUGCUGCAGCGGAAGCUGAAUGAGAUGGCGGCAGGCUCGGCGCAGGCUCGGAAAGCCCUGCUGGAUCGGUUGAAGGUUGAGUUUGCCGAACGGAGGAAGGCGCUGAGUUCGAAGAGAGAGGGGGGUGAAGAGGAGGAGGACGAGGAAGAGGACGGGGAGGAUGAGGAGGAAGAGGAGGAGGAUGGUAGUGAUGGUAGUGAUAGUGGUGGGUCUGACGGGAUAGACCGAAUGAUUGGUGGUGCAGGCACGGCAGCAGGUGUAGAGGGAGGAGGGGGGAGAGGUGUGGGGAGAGGAAGGGGAGGGAAUUUGGCAGGAGGGGUUGGGAAGGAGGUGAGGAUGGGAGGGGUAGCGGGGGCAGUGGGAGCGCAAGUAGGUAGUGGUGGAGGGAGAGGAGGGGUCUGGAAGGUGGAAGAUAUGGGAGGGUGGAGCACAGGGCUCGAUACAAGACAAAAUGGAGCUCAAAUAAACAGCCACCUGGGCGGCAGUCACUUGGGCGGCAGUCACAUCUUGGGCGGCAAUCACUUGGGCAACAUGUUGUCAUCCACAGUUGACGUAAAACCGGGUCUGCUCUCUCACAGUCAAGGCACAGGCCAUCCUACAGCGGCUUUACUGGCCAAUCAUGGGUCGACACCUGGUGGCGCAUGGGACAGCGGCCUUGGAUUGACCAGUCUAAUAGGUCUAGGAGGGUCGGGAGGGGGAGCGGGAGGGGUAGGGGGAGGGGCAGGAGGAGGGGCAGGUGGAGGGGGAGGAGGAGCAGGGGGGGGAAGAGAAGUGUUAGGAGGGGGAGGGGGAGGGGGAGGGGAAAAGGUGCAGGUGGGAGGGGAGGAUCUGUUGAUGAUGGAGGUGGGGGACGUUGACAUGUGGGGCCCUGGGGGGGACUCUGCGCUCCCAACGCCUCGUGCAACUGCUGGUCACGCUGCUGCUGACACUCACACUCAUGGCGCUCUUUUGCUGCCAGAAGGGGAGCUGCCCCCGUGGCAGGCGCAGCAGGAGGAGGUGCAGCAGCUGGGCCAGCAGCAGCACGGGCUGGAGGAUUUCAGCAUGUUUCUAGACGAUCUGGAUUUGGGUGUGGAGCUGCCCCCUGACCUCCACUUUGCGUCGGCGUAG